GUGGGAUGACAGUCACGAGACCCAGGCUCGUCUUACCUCCCAGGAUAUCCUUCAUGUACCGGUUUUACCGGUUGUGAGACAAUCCAGCGGCCCAAAACUGUCCAUCAUGGAGAGAUACGACGAGGAUCUUGGCGAAAACAGCUUCUUCCAGGUGCUACGAAGGGAGUACGUGGAUGUAUUGGAGAGGGCGGUGCUGUCUGGCUGGGUCAUCUGUGUGCCCAGGACAGGGGCGUUACCCAAGUAUGCUCUAGCCAAGGAUGACAUAUUUGGGCAUAUUUUAGUGCCUAGUGAUGAAUUACCGGAGACGCAUUUCAGGACACUUACUGACAGGAAUGUUGUGUUGAAUGGCAAUGUGUUGGUGCUGGAGAACAAGGUGUCUAAUCCUCAUUCAGUCCAUAUACUGUUUGAAGAAACUUUUUACGAUGAUGAUUUGAGAAAGUACAAAGUGAUGUGCCUUGAAGACCCACUCUAUGCAUCCAAUGCUUUUGCUCCAUCAAGCUGCACGGAUCUCAUCAUACUUCACUCUUUGCGAGAUUGCAUUGAUCUCCUCUGGACAGAAGGUGGAGGUGGGAAAGCUCUCGAAAAAUUGGAUUUUCUAGUCAACCAGUUUCUUUUAAGACAUCAAGCACUGGAAGAGGAAGGACUGCAAAAUUUAAGGGACCUUGGGAGUGAACUGUUCUCUGAAGCCAUACAAGUGACUCUGUCUGAACCUAGACUUGGAGAAAAAACUAAAAAAGAUCAGUAUCUUCUUGAUGCUGUAAAACUGGCUGUGGAGACGUAUGUGUUGCAUGGUGUCUACAAGCCAUUAAUGAAAGGCAUUGCUGCUUGCAAAGCUGAAGAUGAUGCCAGGCUUAAUAGAGUGAUAAAGAAUCUUUCAGACUUGCAAGUAAGAGAUCUAGAUAUUGAUCCACAGCUGCUGUGCAAUCUUACAAAAGCUAAGUCUGAGUUAGCUAGUAUUGAAGGCCACACUACACCACUUGGUAAGUUGGGUUGUCUAAAGAGGGCCAUUUCGCUAGUAGCUGUGCCUGGUACCAUUUUUUCAUCUGAUGAGCUCCUACCAACGUUACUAUUCUUAGUUGUAAAAGCAAAUUUAGCGAACUGGUAUGCCCACGUAGCAUUCCUGAAACUGUUUCGCUUCUCGGCGUCUAGCAGUGACAGUGGGGAACAGAGUUUCAAUAUUUCAUCCCUUGAAGCAGCAAUAGAACAUCUUUAUUCUGGAUCGCUCUUCGGCUCCACAACACCUGAAGCAGACUCUGUCUUGCAGCCUGGGUGUAUGACAACUCCGGUUUUAAAAAGUAUGGAGGAGGCUCUUGGAUGUAGUGGAGUUGAUCCCAUGGCCCGUUUUUUUGAGUGUAUUCGCCUAGGCAAAGUAGAAGAUGUGAAGGAUAUUUUGGAUGGAAAAUACAAGCCUUUCCAAAAGGAAAUUGAAAGUGAGCCCAGUUUGGUAGAGGCGGAUGCUCAACUAUGUCAUCCACUUUGCUCAUGUGAUCGAUGUGAAAAAUUGAUGUCAAAACCUAAGAAAGACAUAAUGCCAACAGUUCAUACAAGAGAGGAAAGAGGGUAUACUGGCCUUCACGUUGCUUGCAUAUUUGGACGUCCAGCAAUUGUUGAUAUGUUGAUUACUCUUGGAGCAGAUUUACAUGCCACAGAUUUCCGUGGUGCCACACCACUGCAUUAUGCUGCACAGCGUGGACAUCAGAAUGCUGUCUUGCUCUUGCUCCAUGCUGGUGCUGAUAUCAAUAAAUGUGAUGGCGAUUCAAAUACACCAUUACAUCUUUGUUCGUUAAACGGACAUGUUGCUUGUGUUAAGGCUCUACUUUUUUAUGCAGAGUCUAUUGGCUGUGAUAUUGCAAUAAAUGCACAAAAUAAUGUGCUUGACACACCACUGCAUCUUGCAAGUAGAUGGGGAUAUUCUGCCAUUAUGGAAUUGCUUCUUGACCGAAUUGUCAUCUUAGGACUAGAGUUGAACGUUUACAAUAACAGAAAACUUACUGCUUUAGACUGUGCACAUAAUCGUCACAUUGCAAGACUUAUUUUAGAUGCAAAGGUGAGAAAAGAUGAACUCGAAAGCUAUGUGAGAAUAGACUUGAAUUUUAAAGUUCCUACUGAUGCUCCACAUGAAAAAAAGUUAGACUUUAAUAAACAUACUGAAAAUUCCAAGGUUCACAAAAAUAUUAAUUGCAGGGAUGAUACUAAUCGACUGAAGCACAUAGAAAAAUUGCUUAAAUCUGUAAAAGUUGGUGAUGUUAAAUUAGCAUGCUUUUAUCUUGGUAUAGAGGAGAAGACUACUCACAGUGAUGCUGUAUCCCCUAAGACAUUGUGCCACCCACUGUGUCAGUGUUCAAAGUGUGCUCCUAACAUUCAUCUUAAUCAAGAAUCAUCUGAAACCUUUAAUACAAUGUCAAUCAAUGCUUGCAAUAGUGAUGGUUAUUCUGCUCUUCAUGAGGCUGUCAUUAAUGACCAUCUUCACUUAGCUAAUGUAUUGCUGAGUCAUGGAGCUGACCCUAAUCUUCAAACCUUCAAUAGGAGAUUGACUCCCCUGCACAUAGCUGCUCAGAAUUGUAAUCUUGAAACAAUGCAGUCACUCUUAGUUCAUGGUGCUCAGGUCAACCUCCAAGAUAUAUGUGGCAACACAGCCCUCCACAAUUGCUGUGCAAAAGGGUUUGAUCAGGGUGUGAUGUUGCUAUUGGAAUGGAAGGCCACAAAGGAUGUCUCAAACUUAUCAGACAACACGCCUGCCCAGGAAGCUGAGAAAAGGGGACAUUGGCAUAUUGUGGAGAUAAUCUUUGGCAAACCUGUGUCAUAUUAAAUUUUGACACCAUUUGCAUAAAAAGAAAAUUCUAUCAAGAAUGCCCUAAUUAUUUUAUGAUCAUCUUUGGACCCAUGUUUUCUGGAAAGACAACAGAACUAAUGAGACGCCUUAAACGAUACCAGAUUAGUAAACACAAGUGUCUUAUCAUCAAGUAUGCAAAUGACAUAAG